GGCGCUGGCGGGAGCGGCGCCUCCCGCCCGGGGUGAGCGGCGCGCGCGGCGGCCCAGCGGCACAGAGCGCGGAGCGGGAAGGGAGGGCUGGAGCGCAGACGGCCGACGCGCGGGGGCUGCCAUGGGCGCGCACUGACCCGCUGCUCAGCGCGAACUUCCUUGGCGGCGCGGAGCUCCCCGGCUGGCGGUGCGUCUCCUCCGUCACCAUGAAAGACGACUUCGCAGAGGAGGAGGAGGUGCAUUCCUUCGGUUACAAGCGGUUUGGUAUUCAGGAAGGAACACAAUGUACCAAAUGUAAAAAUAACUGGGCACUGAAGUUUUCUAUCAUAUUAUUAUACAUUUUGUGUGCCUUGCUAACAAUCACAGUAGCCAUUUUGGGAUAUAAAGUUGUAGAGAAAAUGGACAAUGUUACAGGUGGCAUGGAGACAUCUCGCCAAACCUAUGAUGACAAGCUCACAGCAGUGGAAAGCGACCUGAAAAAAUUAGGGGACCAGACGGGGAAGAAAGCUCUCAGCACCACCUCAGAACUCUCCACCUUCAGAUCAGACAUCCUGGACCUUCGUCAGCAACUUCGUGAGAUUACGGAAAAGACCAGCAAGAACAAAGAUACUCUGGAGAAGUUGCAGGCGAGCGGCGAUGCGCUGGUGGACCGGCAGAGUCAACUGAAAGAAACUUUGGAGAAUAACUCUUUCCUCAUCACCACUGUCAACAAAACCCUCCAGGCCUACAAUGGCUAUGUCACGAAUCUGCAGCAAGACACAAGCGUGCUGCAGGGCAAUCUGCAGAGCCAAAUGUAUUCUCACAACGUGGUUGUCAUGAACCUCAACAACCUCAACCUGACCCAGGUGCAGCAGAGGAAUCUCAUCACGAGUCUGCAGCGCUCCGUGGAUGACACAAGCCAGGCAAUCCAGCGGAUCAAGAAUGACUUCCAAAACCUACAGCAGGUUUUCCUUCAAGCCAAGAAGGACACAGACUGGCUGAAGGAGAAGGUGCAGAGCUUGCAGACGCUGGCUGCCAAUAACUCCGCCUUGGCCAAGGCCAACAACGAUACCCUGGAGGACAUGAACAGCCAGCUGGGCUCUUUUGCGGGGCAGAUGGACAACAUCACCACGGCCUCCCAAGCCAACGAGCAGAACCUGAAAGACCUGCAGGAUGUACACAGGGAUGCAGAGAACAGAACGGCCAUUAAAUUCAACCAGCUGGAGGAACGCUUCCAGCUCUUCGAGGCAGAUAUUGUGAACAUCAUUAGCAACAUUAGCUACACAGCUCACUACCUGCGGACGCUGACCAGCAACCUGAAUGAAGUCAGGACCACAUGCACGGAUACGCUGACCAGACACACAGACGAUCUGACCUCCCUGAAUAACACGUUGGCCAACAUCCGUUUGGAUUCUGUUUCUCUCAGGAUGCAGCAGGAUAUGAUGAGGUCACGGUUGGACACGGAAGUGGCCAACUUAUCUGUGAUUAUGGAAGAAAUGAAGCUAGUGGACUCCAAGCAUGGUCAGCUCAUCAAGAAUUUCACGAUACUCCAAGGUCCUCCUGGCCCCAGGGGUCCGAAAGGUGACAGAGGACAGCAGGGACCCCCAGGUCCCACUGGCAAUAAGGGACAGAAAGGAGAGAAGGGGGAGCCUGGGCCACCCGGCCCAGCCGGUGAGAGGGGCCCAAUCGGGCCAAUUGGCCCCCCCGGAGAGCGUGGCAGCAAAGGCUCCAAGGGCCUGCAGGGCCCCAAAGGCUCCCGUGGGUCCCCUGGGAAGCCCGGCCCUCAGGGCCCCAGUGGGGACCCAGGCCCCCCUGGCCCGCCUGGCAAGGAAGGACCCCCGGGCCCUCAGGGCCCUCCUGGCUUCCAGGGACUACAGGGCACCGUGGGGGAGCCCGGGGUGCCGGGGCCACGGGGACUGCCGGGCUUGCCGGGGGUGCCAGGCAUGCCAGGCCCCAAGGGCCCCCCUGGCCCCCCAGGCCCAUCAGGGCCAGCGGCACCCAUGGCCCUGCAGAGCGAGCCCACCGCAGCGCCCGAGGCCAACGGCUGCCCACCUCACUGGAAGAACUUCACAGACAAAUGCUACUAUUUUUCGGUUGAGAAAGAAAUUUUUGAGGAUGCAAAACUUUUCUGUGAGGACAAGUCUUCACAUCUCGUUUUCAUAAACACGAGGGAGGAACAGCAAUGGAUCAAAAAGCAGACGGUAGGGAGAGAGAGCCACUGGAUUGGCCUCACAGACUCAGAGCAGGAAAACGAGUGGAGGUGGCUGGAUGGCACGUCUCCAGAGUAUAAAAACUGGAAAGCUGGACAGCCAGAUAACUGGGGUCACGGCCACGGGCCAGGAGAAGACUGUGCCGGGCUGAUUUAUGCUGGGCAGUGGAAUGAUUUCCAGUGCGAGGACAUCAAUAACUUCAUUUGCGAGAAAAACAGGGAGACAGGUUGUUGUGAGGACUUAAGUAAGUUAAUAAAUGUGCCUACUACAUAGGAAGUAUGACGACUUAGGGAGUACUAGCAUCUGCAUUAUAAUGGACCAUGAUAUAAUAAUAGGAGCAAAUUUUCGGACAGUUCUCAAAGGCAAAGGAUACUUCUUUCUGAUUGCAUCAACUUCUCACCAGAUUGAAAAAAGCACUGAAAACCAAUUACUGAAAAAAUUGACAGCCAGUGUUCUUUACAAUCCACCAUUACUCAAGGACUUUGGGACAAAAAUGUCCCCCAGUAAUGAUAUAUUGAUUUUCAGUAUGCAAAUGGACUGAAUGGCAUAGAUUUUCCUCAGCUAGUAACCGUACUGUUAUGCAAAUCGUAUCUUCCAGAGUAUGGAACACUCCAAUCAGAGAAAGCUUAUCAUUGGUUAUUGAGCUUUAGGAAGAACCGGAAACAUACUGUGUAAACAGUACCUUACAUUUCUAAAAUCCCAAAUGUAGGAAAAAUAUGCAGACAUACAGAUAUAUAAGCCAACUCUUAGUAACAAUAAGAAAUACACUUAAAGAGCUUUUAAAAACUUUGUAUUUUUGUACAAAAUAUUUGCCUUUUUACAAUUGUUUUCCUUUUUAUCCUUUUUUUUUUUUUUUGUCAUUUUACCAAUAUAGUACAUGAAACCAAAGAAAACAAUAAUGGUACUAAUAACUCAUAGGGUUAUUUGUCAGAUUUAAUUCUACCCAGUGGCAGAGAAUUUGUUUUCAGCUGUGGUUUUAAAAAAUUAUUAAAUAUAUGUGUGUAUAUAUAUAUAUAUUUUUUAAUGUAUCAUUUCCUCAGAGGAGUCAAUCACUUGAAAUAUCUAGAAAUGUCCUUGCAGAUUUUGCCUGUGUAGGUCAAGCCUGAGCAUACAUGUGUCAGUCAAGUGGGCUCUGUAUUCAGUGAAUCCAUCAGCAACCAACAUUCUUGCUGUGUGUCUGCCAGACUCAGAGGAAGUGGUCAACUCAGGAUGUGCUUUUAUUUCAUUUUGGUGGAGUCAGGGGUGGUGGAGAGGCAUCUGUUGGAAAAGGCAGAGCACCUGAAUCUGGCUAUCUAGAAGGCCCUGAUGUUUGAAUAUACUUGGUAUCAGACCCAUCAGAGCUGACACUGAAUGUCAGCCCUGCUAUGGGUCAUCACAUUGGCCAAAGGCAGAGAUGCUAAAAAGAUGGGGACAGCUAUAUGCUACCUAGAAAGUUUGUGUUUCCUUAAGUCAGAUUCAAAAAAUACUAAUAAUAAUAAUUCCAAAGCACAUGCAUGAUGAAAAGCAAGAAUAAACUUUUGGCCACUAUGUUGAACUCUUGCAAAGAACCUUUCCUCUGAGCCCAUCUUCCUUCAACUCCUUGACUUUGCCAUUGAAAAGUCAAACAUGAAAUGUGCUGAAAAUAGGCUUAGAUGUAACUGAUGCUCAAAGGUAAGAUUUCCAUCAACAGAUACCCUCUCCUCCCUUCCCAAGGAGCUCCCCAGGCAGUGCUGCUACCUAUCCCACAUACGAUGGUAAAAGAAUAAAGACAGAGUUUGACUUUCAUACCUG